AGAUGUUUUAAGCUCUCAACACUUAUACGCAGCAUCAAUUUGUGGCUUUUUCUUCACAAUUCAUUUAGUCAUCUACAAGACUUCAAGUUAUUACUGACAGAAACAACUUGAAAUUCUGUUUCAAAUUUUGAGAAUGGCAAGUGAAAGUUGUACUAUCCAAAUGAUUUUGGAGAACCUUUCUAGUACUAUUGCAGUGCUAAGUGAAGGAUGCAGUUCCACUUCUCAAGAUCUUCUGAAUGCAGCGGUUGAUAGCAACUUUUCCCUCAGCUCUUAUUGGCAAGACUUCUCUGAAAUUUCUCAACGAGUAUCUUGUCAUUGCACAAAAGUUUGCCUAAGUUUCAUGAAACCUCCAAUGCCGCAACCUCAAGAAUUAAGUGCUUUGUUGAUGCCCCUGGAUGAGUCUACCAAGCAAAUUUUGAUGCUUGUGAGAUUUCUUCCUCUCGCAUGUGGUCGAGAGCUCAAAAAGUGCGUCACAACUGCGAGUAUUGCUCUCCUGCAAUCACUGUCAAGGUUGCUCCAGCUUGCUGAAGAUCACAACACUCCUGCUUUAGAGACAGCCUACACUCAGUUGACAGGUCAAACAUGGGGGGAGUGCAAAGCCAUACAGUCACUGCCUUGCAACAAUGUACACGCUGUUCUCCGAGCACUGAGGCUGGAAUUGGAUGUUGUUGAUGAUGCCUACAGGGAGAUUACUGAGUCGCUCGAAGGUGAUGGCAAAGGUUGGAAUGUACUUAAGAUGCCCAGAAUGGACGCUGAUGAAGAUUCAGACACAGAAGAAUCAGACUCGGAAGCAAUUGGCUGGUCUCCUGAAGAUAAACUUAAGCUGGACUGUUUUGUCAAAGUUGCCAAAGCUGUUAAAUUACUUUACAAGCGGUGCUUAGAGGUCUUGGAUAGCCGCACUAAAGAGACGAAUCCAGACGUGUUCAGUGACAACAAUCGGCAGCUCUGGGCAACCACUGAUGACCUCCGUCAGAGCACCAAGAGUCUGCCAGAGCUGCUAGAUGAUCUCGUGCUAUCUAUGUAUCCUCCUGUCAACUGGGACGUUCUCGUCAAGAAUAGUCACCUGGUGAUGGACGUGUGCGAGGCGGCGCUCUCGGUGCUACUUCGUCGUCAGCUGGCUACUGAAGAGCAUCUCCAGUCCCUACAGUUCCUGAGCACAGCACUGGCACACACCAGGCGAAAAGUCGAUACAACGGCAGCUCAUGGAUAAUGAAACGAUUUAUUUC